UCUGUGAGGAAUGACAACUCCUCUCGCUUUGGUAAAUUCAUUAGAAUCCACUUUGGCACUACAGGAAAACUGGCUUCUGCUGAUAUUGAAACAUAUCUGUUAGAGAAGUCUAGAGUUACUUUCCAGCUUAAGGCUGAAAGGAGCUAUCAUAUUUUCUAUCAGAUCACAUCAAACAGGAAACCAGAACUAAUUGAAAUGCUUCUGAUCACCACCAACCCAUAUGAUUACCCAUACGUCAGUCAAGGGGAGAUCAGUGUGGCCAGCAUUGAUGAUCAGGAAGAAUUGAUAGCCACAGAUAGUGCUAUUGACAUUUUGGGCUUUACUAAUGAUGAAAAGGUCUCCAUUUACAAGCUCACGGGGGCUGUAAUGCAUUAUGGGAAUCUGAAAUUCAAGCAAAAGCAGCGUGAGGAGCAGGCAGAGCCAGAUGGCACUGAAGUUGCUGACAAGGCAGCCUAUCUCCAGGGUCUGAACUCUGCUGACCUGCUCAAAGCCCUCUGCUACCCCAGGGUCAAGGUCGGCAAUGAGUUCGUCACCAAAGGCCAGACUGUAGAGCAGGUGACCAAUGCGGUGGGUGCCCUGGCCAAAGCCGUCUACGAUAAGAUGUUCCUCUGGAUGGUCGCCCGCAUCAACCAGCAGCUGGACACCAAGCAGCCCAGGCAGUACUUCAUCGGGGUCUUGGACAUCGCUGGCUUUGAGAUCUUUGAUUUCAACAGCCUGGAGCAGCUGUGCAUCAACUUCACCAACGAGAAACUGCAACAGUUUUUCAACCACCACAUGUUCGUGCUGGAGCAGGAGGAGUACAAGAAGGAGGGCAUCGAGUGGACGUUCAUCGACUUUGGCAUGGACCUGGCUGCCUGCAUUGAGCUCAUCGAGAAGCCUAUGGGCAUCUUCUCCAUCCUGGAAGAGGAGUGCAUGUUCCCCAAGGCCACAGACACCUCCUUCAAGAACAAGCUGUAUGAACAGCAUCUUGGAAAGUCCAGCAAUUUCCAGAAGCCCAAGGUUGUCAAGGGCAAAGCUGAGGCCCACUUCUCCCUGAUUCACUACGCCGGUGUUGUGGACUACAACAUUACUGGCUGGCUUGACAAGAACAAGGACCCCCUGAAUGAGACUGUGGUCGGGCUGUACCAGAAGUCUUCAGUGAAGACUCUGGCUUUGCUCUUCUCUGGGGCUCAAACUGCUGAUGCAGAGGCAGGUGGAGGUGUCAAGAAAGGUGGUAAGAAGAAGGGUUCUUCUUUCCAGACCGUGUCUGCCCUUUUCAGGGAGAAUCUGAACAAGCUGAUGACCAACCUGAGGAGUACCCAUCCUCAUUUUGUGCGGUGUAUCAUCCCCAAUGAAACAAAAACUCCUGGGGCCAUGGAGCAUGAACUUGUCCUGCACCAGCUGAGGUGCAAUGGUGUGCUGGAAGGCAUCCGCAUCUGCAGGAAGGGAUUCCCAAGCAGGAUCCUUUACGCAGACUUCAAACAGAGAUACAAGGUAUUAAAUGCAAGUGCUAUCCCUGAAGGACAAUUCAUCGAUAGCAAGAAGGCUUCUGAGAAGCUCCUUGCAUCCAUCGACAUUGACCACACCCAGUACAAAUUCGGUCACACCAAGGUCUUCUUCAAAGCUGGUCUCCUGGGGCUCCUAGAGGAGAUGCGAGAUGACAAGCUGGCCCAGAUAAUUACCCGAACCCAGGCCAGGUGCAGAGGGUUCUUGGCAAGAGUAGAGUACCAGAAGAUGGUGGAGAGAAGGGAGUCCAUCUUCUGUAUCCAGUACAACAUCCGAGCCUUCAUGAACGUCAAGCACUGGCCCUGGAUGAAACUGUUCUUCAGGAUCAAGCCGCUCCUCAAGAGUGCGGAGACUGAGAAGGAGAUGGCCACCAUGAAGGAGGAGUUUCAGAAAACCAAAGACGAACUCGCCAAGUCAGAGGCAAAAAGGAAGGAACUGGAAGAAAAGAUGGUCUCACUGUUGAAAGAAAAAAACGACUUGCAGCUCCAAGUUCAGUCUGAAGCUGAAGGCUUGGCUGAUGCAGAGGAAAGAUGUGACCAGCUGAUUAAAACCAAAAUCCAGCUGGAGGCCAAAAUCAAGGAGGUGACUGAGAGAGCAGAGGAUGAGGAAGAAAUCAACGCUGAGCUGACGGCCAAGAAGAGGAAACUGGAGGAC